AUGACGGUUUCCUACAAUCUCGACGUCUCAUCAACGUCGCUAAUCGCAUUUUUGAAACUUCAGUUACGAUGGAGAGGCUCGAUAUGGAAAUCCGUUAUGAAGGAGCUCGCAAUUUUCGCAUUUUUCUUUAUAUUGGUGACAGCGUUCUAUCGUACCAAUUAUUUUCUAUCGCCAGCUCAACGAUUAUUUUGGGACAAUUUCGCCGCGUUGUUUGACCAAAAACUUGAUUAUAUUCCAUUAACAUUUAUGCUCGGCUUCUUCGUGACAAUUAUUGUUGGCAGAUGGAAUGAUAUAUUUUUAAAUAUUGGCUGGAUCGACUCAACUGCAUUAUUAGUAUCCACCUAUAUUAGGGGAAGCGAUGAAAAGAGCCGAAUGGUUCGGCGUACCGUAAUCCGGUAUAUGGUGUUGACGCAGGUCAUCAUAUUUCGAGAUAUCAGCAUGCAGGUUCGACGGCGAUUUCCGACAUUGGAAACUGUUGUAGCCGCAGGGUUCAUGAUGGAUGUGGAACGCGAAAAAUACGUCGAUCUCUCGCUGAAAUACAACAAAUAUUUUCUUCCAAUUCAAUGGUGCUUCACACUUCUCUACGAGGCGCGAGCUCAGGGAAAAAUCGGCGCCGACGUGAUGCUCAACGAGAUCGUCAAAAGUGUCGGCGAUUUUCGGCGCGGUCUCGGCCAAUUGUGCAAUUUCGAUUGGGUCCCAAUUCCAUUGGUCUACCCGCAGGUCGUCUUCCUCGCCGUUCGCAUCUACUUCUUUUUGUGUUUGAUCGCGCGACAAAGUGUGCUCAUCGACGGCGAGCCGCCGAAAGACGCGAGUCCCGUCUACCCGCUGAUCCCGUUCCUCAUGACGUCGCUUCAAUUCAUCUUCUACGUUGGAUGGAUGAAAGUCGCCGAGAGUUUGAUGAACCCCUUGGGUGAAGACGACGAUGAUUUCGAGUGCAAUUUUUUGCUCGACAGAAAUCUGGCGACUGGACUAGCGAUUGUUGACGAAUGCUACAAUGACAGUCCACCACUUCAAAAAGACACCUUCUGGAAUGCCGAAAUCGUUGAGCCUUUAUAUUCGGCAAAUACAGCGCUUAUGCAUAAGAAUCCGCAAGUCGGCUCGGCUGUUCCCUACGAAGUCACCGAAAACGAGGUGAUCAUGAUGCCGCACGUCGACGCCGACGACUACGAGGACGGAAUGCUCGAUGAGAUCGAGGACGGCCAUCGCGGUGCACUUCAUCGCGGCAUCUCGGUGGUGUCGGUGAAUCGCAAUUGCGAGAGUCGCACGAGUCUCGUCAGCAAGAAUCGGCACGGCGGCGGAUUGUUCGAGCGACUGAAGAGCCAAAUAAGCGGCUCGACGCGCAAAAUGAAUCGGCCGCAAAAAUUGUUCGGCUCGUCGACGUGCUCGAUCAACACCGACAACAACAUCGGCAGCUCGUUGAGCAUUCUCGAUGAUUUGGCCGACGACGCCAAGAACAAUGGGCUUUUAACACCCGAGGAAAUCGCCUCGUCGCCACGACGAACACCCAUUGAAGUGUUGACGUCGGUGCCCGAAGAAGACGAAGAAGCGCAAAAAACGCGAACGUCGGUCGAUUUACAAAAAUGGCGCGAGACGAUGAAGAAAGAGGAGGAGGAGCGAAAAAAGAAACGAAUGGGCUCCGAUGAUGUCAUAGAUGAAUAA